AUGCUGGGUUGGCGUUAUGAGCGCGCAUUCGAAGCCAGUCAACGAUAUAAGGAAGGAAAAGUGAUAGUAGAGUUAGCUCAUCUGAUUAAGGACAACGGUUGGGAUGCAGAAUGGCUUGUUCCGGCGCGUCUCUCUUCACCAUCUAUCAUCCAACAGGUAUCCAGGAAAAACAAAGAAUUACCCGUCCCUAUCACCAUGCCAUCGCCUCCUCAUCCUCGAUUUCCAUGGUCUUCGGCAUCGUGUCUGCCUAAUUACGAAUCUAUCAGAUCCGAGUCAUCCACUUCUGUGAUGAAAUCCACUGUCCUCACACCGAAUUCUGUCGACACACAGUCUUCACCUCUCAUAACUGGUUUCGAUUCUUCCUUCGGCUCAUCUCACGCAUGCCCCCAGUACGACUCAUUGGGUAGAAACACACUGUCCCCUGGUGCUAGUUCAUGCGGUUCGAGUUGUUGCGGUCGCACACCAGAGCAAGAAAUAUGGCCUUCCGGGUUGCGCGUGUCUCGUUCGGACUAUACGGAUCCUGUCCCAAGCACCGCUGCCCAGGGUGCUCGGACUGAGAUAAAUGCACCAUCCCUAUUCGGUACAAUGACGCGGUCCGCAUCGUCCGAAGCGAAAUUUCGCACGCUGCCUAUGGGUGGCAGUUUGAUUCUCAUUUUGUUUGCGAAUGUUUGGUCACCCGCAGAGUUUGAUCAACUCAAAUGA